CCCGUCUCGACCAGCAACAGCAACAUCGAGCCCCAUGAAAACGGUGCAAGAUCUUGCAGCAGCAUCCAUUACGACAGAAACCCAACAUCAGAAUUUGUUCUCCCCUGAAAUCAGCUUCUGAAGUUUCUCGUUUCAUCAACGUCAACUCGGGCUAGACAGUCAAGAGACUCCAUGGACAAACACGAGAUGAUAUCCAACAGCAAGGAAGGUGAAUCAUCGGCCUCAUCGGUCCCCCUCUACGCUAUGCAACUGGCGACUUCAUCGGUCCUGCCCAUGGUCCUGAAGGCAACGGUCGAACUUGGGGUGCUCGAGAUCUUGGAGAGAGAAGGCCCCGGCGCCAUGCUCUCUCCUUCCCAGAUAGCUUCCAAGAUUCCCGCCAGGAACAACCCGGAGGCGCGCGACAUGCUCGAUAAGAUGCUUAGCCUCCUCGCUACCCACUCGAUUCUCAGCGUCUCUUUGGGAAAAGAUGGCCCGGGUGAUGGGGGUUGCAGAGUCUAUGGCUUGGCACCUGUGGCCGAGUACUUCUUGAGGAACCGAGAAGAGGGGUCGUUGAGUGAUCUGAUGCUCAUGGUUCAGGACAGGGUCAUGAUUGAUUUCUGGUUUCACUUAAAAGAUGCAGUUCUGGAAGGAGGAGUUCCAUUUGAAAGGGCGCAUGGUAUGACCGCACCAUCGUACAUGGGGAAGGAUGCAAGAUUCUCUGAGAUUUUCAAGAACUCGAUGAAAGAAUACAACAAAUUGUUCAUGUCAAAAAUCUUUGAUAAGUACAAGGGUUUUGAAGGGCUCAGCUCACUGGUUGAUGUAGGAGGUGGCGAUGGUUCCAUUCUUAGCAUGAUCAUUUCCAAGUACCCUCGAAUUAAGGCAAUCAGCUUCGAUCUGGAAUCGGUUAUCAAGAAGUCGCCUUCUUAUCCAGGUAUCGAGUACAUUGCUGGAGAUAUGUUUGAAAGCAUACCAAAAGGAGAUGCAAUUUUCAUUAAGUGGGUACUUCACAUGUUUGAUGAUGAACACUGUAUCAAGAUCCUGAAGAACUGCUAUAAUGCGUUGCCAUGCGAUGGGAAAGUGAUGGCAGUCGAUCUGGUGAUUCCGGAAGUGCCUGAAGCCAAUCUUGCUGCUGGAAGCCUGUUUCAAAUAUACGUGUUCAUGCGGGGCAUGAAUCCGAUGGGAAAAGAGAGAACCGAGAAAGAGUUUGAGACUCUAGCAAAGGAGGCGGGAUUCUGCAGCAUCCGAGUGGCGUAUUCUGCUCAUAAUUUCUCCCUUGUUGAGCUAUACAAGAAUGCCAAAUCUUGCUGACUGGAUGCUUCACACUGGCCAGUGCUUGCCCAGCUCAUCGUUAGAGAGGAAUGCUCAACAAAUUAUUUAUGCUUGAUCAUGUACAAUAGAGAGAUUAGCUGCUAAGUGACGCCCUUUCAAAUUUCCUCAGAGAGAGAGAGAGAGAGAGAGGACAUUAUGUAAACCGCUGUUUGCAGAACGUAUUUUGCCUAAUAAAAGUGGGAUAAUAUCAUCAGUGAUCUA